AACAAAAAAGAAAACUCAAAGAAAAUUGUGUUCCACUUGCUGUUUGUAAGCAAACUAAAGGCGACAGCGCAACCCCACUCACCACACUAUGGCUGGUCCACAAGUGCAACAUUCACAUUCGCAGCGCCCCAACAGCGCCUACUACAUGGGAUUGAAUGGCGGUGGCAGUAGCGCCGGCGGCAUGGCCAACAAUGGUCAUAACAGCGUGGGCGGCACGGAGCGCACACACACAGCAACCACAGCGACAGGCAUUAGCACGAGCAGUAGCGCGCACUCUGGCCUGCAUGCGCUGCGUCAAAUGUCCAACGACAUGGAGUUAAUAUAUCGCGGCAACGCGGCCAAUGCCAAUGCCAAUGCCAACGCCAGUCACCACUCCACCAUGUCGUCACAUGUCAUUGAGCAACAGCCGACAGCAGCUGUGGCGGGGACAGCUGCCGCUGCUCUGGACACCGAUGUAUCGUGCGGUGGCAGUGGUCAAAUAGUCAGCAUAGCUGGGCUCGGCGCGAGUGCCAGUGAUGCUUUAAUUGUUCCUUCAAGCGCUGCGAUGAAACGUAACAAAUUGGCGUCGUCCAAAUCAGCGCAACGCAGUGUUGAAAUUGUCAUCGAUGCGUCACAAUGUGACGCUGGCGAUGAUGGCGUGGGUGACAGCAAGUCAGGCGAUGACGUCGAACAAGGGCGGCGUAUGUCGCGACAUCGGCGUCGACCGUUGCAUCGGCGAUUUUUCAACUACGUGCGCAAUUUGUUUCAAGGCAGUGCCGACCAGCAUGCCAAUCCCACCCUGUAUGCACAUUACGUUUUCAACACACUCGAUCAGGAUCACAGCGGCAUUGUUAGCUUUGAGGAUUUCGUUCAAGGACUUUCGAUAUUGUCGCGCGGCUCUGUAGAGGAGAAACUGCGUUGGACAUUCUCGUUGUACGACAUCAACGGCGAUGGCUUCAUAACGCGGGAGGAAAUGACUGAUAUUGUGACUGCCAUUUACGAGCUGAUGGGACGCCUGCCGGACGAGUGUCCCGCGGAGGAGAAAAUCAAAUGCAAAGUCAACCACAUAUUUCAGAAAAUGGACAAAAAUGGCGAUGGUGUGGUGACACUGGACGAAUUUCUGGAAACGUGUCGAAGUGACGAAGCCAUAUCAAGAUCAAUGUCGGUCUUUGACUCAGCGUUCUGACCAUAUCCGCUGCGCAAACGGGACGAUAGCGCCGGCGCUCACCGGCAACGCAGACAGCCGUCAGUGGGUAGAAAUAAGGUAGGCACUGGCGCCAGUAGUAAUCAUAGUCGUACACGUAGUAGUCGCAAUAGGCGCAAGCAAUCAUCAUCACAACAACAUCAGCAGCAGCAGCAGCAGCAGCAACAAAAACAACAAGCGCAGCCACAAAUGUCACAAGAACAACAGCAAACUCCAUUGGAUGUGCAGCCAGAACGUGAUAAAUGUAAAAAGGCAGAUAAACGUAACUCCAGUAAGAAAAUCCUACAAAUACAACUACCAGAUAAGGCACAUCCACAGUCACAGCCAAAAUCAGAUUUACAACAACAGCAGCAAAAACGACACGAUGCACUUUUAAGCCAAAAUUUAUCAAAUAGUAGCCAAAUAACUCAGCUAGCGGAAAAAAGCAGGCCGAGGGCGCACCGUACCGUUACAAAUAGUGUCGAUGCGACUGCUUGCCACACUUCCAGCAGCGAUGCCUCCACUGCCUCCUGCGACAGCGAUAGCGAAGAAGCGGUUAGCGAGAAACUCGCUUCAAUGUGCCACCACUGCCUGCGACCACAAAUCGAAAUGCAACUACGUCAUCUGCGUCCACAUCAGCGCCGACAAUGGAGCCGCCUACUACAGCAGCAACACAGCAAGCGACGCAACAGCAAAACGCGCAAAGAGGUAAGCUGGAGCGGUGGCGGUGGCGGUGGCGUUGAUCGCAAAAAUGGCGAGGGCAGAAGUGGAGGUGGCGGUGGUGGUGCAAUUGGUGUGGAACCGUCUGGCUAUGGCGCUGGCGACUAUUUGCCGCCAACGGGCACCACCUAUACAACCGGUGCGCAUUGGUCGCGACGCGAUGUCAGCGCGGCGGUACGCUAUCGUUGUCCUCAAGUGGGUCCAAAGCCAGCGCCCUAUCACUUCCAUCAUCCGCAACAACUACACAAUGCAUAUCAGCUGCAAUUGCUAUUGCAGCAAUGUGAAUACGUGCCACCAGCAUACCACCAACAACAACAGCAACAAGAUUUGUAUUAUAAGCGGCAAGCGACAUUACAUAAUAAUAAUAUGGACUUGAAUACUUCCAACACCACUACCACCGCCACCGCCAACAGCACCACGACUACGUCGAACGCAGCAACCACAAUCACCAUUGAAUGUGAUUCGCAACCGCAAUCUCAAAUUGAACAACAAAAACUGCUGUAUCAACAACAAAUAAAUCAAAAUAUACAAUUUAAUCAAAAUUUACACGCAAUGACCACAGCAACAACAACCAUUAAAACUGCCACAUCGAGUGGGUGCAGCGUGAAUGGCUGCACGAGUAACACCAGCUUAGUCGAAGCGGCGACAGCGCAAACAGGUAGCCAGCAUGCGGCGGCAACUCAUGUCGCCAUGCAGCCGCAGGGGACAGCUCUGCCAGCAAUGGGCCGUGGCACAAGGGCGGGCGCAGUUAGCGACAGUGAGCUGCAGUUGCAGCAGCAGCAGCAGCCGAGUACGUCCGAACCGCCGUCGCUAGUGAAGGUACGCGCUUGGUACACAGUGGCGAAACAGGGUGUUUCUUGCUAAUAAUCAAUUUACCAUCUCAAUCUUUCGGCUUUAACUCAACUGUGCUCUCUAUUUACUAUUUAGUACUAAGUAUUCUUGUAGGAGAAAGUUCUAUCUUAGAUAUACAUAUAUGCAUGUAUGUCCCUUAACAGAAUCGUGCGUAAGUGCGUAGUGGUUUUUGUUUUUUUGUUGUUAAUUAUUGGUAUGUAUGAAUGUAAGUGGAAGACUCUGUACGCAAUUAUGCGAAAUGAUGCAAAAUUAUUUGCUCUUGAAGCCAUCACGGGAUCUUAAUAGGCCUAAAGCUGAGUUUCACUUGUAAAUACCGAAUUUUUAUGCAGAAGUCAUCAGGAGCUAAGACUAUAUUAUUACGAAAAGAGGGCAAGUAAGCCAAAGAAUAAAGUUUUCCCAAAAAGAAAUCCGGCGAUUGGUUUUUAGCAUCAUACACGGGUAUUCCCUUUGAAAGCUUCAAAAGUCUAAGGUUUGUUGACCUAGAUUUCGCGAAACUACACAAAAGAAAAUUAUGGAACGAUUAAAUCGGACGCUCUUGGUGGCUAGUGCAAGAGACUGGGCGACCCGUAAAUGCAGCCCUCAGCCUUAGACUGUGCUCAGUGGCUUGACAAAUUUUCGAAAAAAAAAUAACGCUCGAUGACGCCUUCAACUAAAACAUCACACCCUGCAAUAACUUUCAGUGUACUAACUCUCGUAGGUUAUAUGCAGAUUAUUAAUGCCUCAGAAGUGAUAAUUCCGCUUAUUCACAUAUCCCCCGAAAAUGCAGGUUUUCGAUUAAACGUUGUCUUCUUCGUGGUCGAGAUGUAUUGAGCAUAAGUUACACUCGCUUGACGGUCAACGGCUAAAAGUCGAUACACUGUCUGCACUUUUUAAAGGAAUAUCUUCAAAUCGUUCACCAAAAUUCUCUUUAAAAACCGCCACCGGAUGCCCAAUCGCAUCGUAAAUAGUCUGGUCGAUACCCUGGAGUCCUCUCCGACAUCUGCAGCGGUAGAAAGGCUGCUCCGGAUCCGCCAUGUCUGUCCCAUACUCUUCUAGUCGAGAGAUUAAAUGCGCGAUAGUUGGUGUCGAAGGAACAGAGGAUUUUCGCCUACUUUCACUAUGUAAAUAAAGUCUUACUCCGCGUGCUUGCGAAGUUUUUUCGAUUCGUGGUCAGUUAGCGUGUGUUUUAUAUCUGUUUAUUUCACAAAUGUUAAAGCAGAACUGAUAUUUGCCGGAAUUUGCAGAAGUUGGAGCGUCUUCCGAUAGGGUGAUGACAUUCGCGUCACGUUUGUAGAUUUAACGCAAAUCGGACGUGUGUGGAUUUAGUAAAAGCCACUAGUUCCGAUUUUUUUUUUAAAACCCACAUUUCAUAAUUGCUUUGCAGAGUUUGCUUAUGUGUCUCCUUUCCUAUCUUGAGGUACUUUCUAUAAAUGUAUAUGUAUUAGGAACCCAUAAAAAUGGCGCUAAAAAUUCGUUUCAAAUUUUAACAGCGAAUGAUAACGAGAUUAGGUUAAGUUUAAAAAUAUAGUUUAAGCAGAUUAGUGAUUAUAAAUA